GACACUAUGAUGCUGGGGUGUGUUAAGACUGAUGUGAGAGACAUUUAAAAUUGAGGAAGAGAGACAGAGAGAGAGAGAGCAGACAGUGUAUUUCACUCACUCUUACACACACACAAACACACAGAGAGAUGAUCAUCUACCAAUGCUGUGGCUGUCUUCCUAAACCACCUCUGGUGUAACCUGUUGAUUGUAGAAGGCCGGUGGGCUACAAGUCACCAUGGGGCCCUGUGACUGCUGGUCCUGGACCAGCCUACCUCUCACCAUCCUGGCUGUGCUUCUCUUCCACCGGGAUGCCAAUGGUCAUGAUUCUGAUUGUUUCCCAGAGAUUAGAGUGGUACGGAACACAGUAUGGAGAGCUUCACUUGGGAAACAAUUGAAGAUUAACUGUUCUAUUGCUUUCUGUUCCAACUCACCACCACCACCAUCACUAUGGUGUAAGGUUGAUGAAUCAAACAACUGCAAUACUGUCAACACAACAACUCUCAUUCAAACACAGUGGACCAGUUUGAAAAACACUACAGGGAUCUCAUUUCUGGUCUUCACCAGCAUUUCCAUAUACGAUGUAGGUCUGUACAGGUGUGCAUUAAAUGAAGCCUCUGUGAGUCAUUCUAUCAAUGUUACUGUCUCAGACAGUACAGCGAGUCAGAGUGACAGCUUCCUGGAGUGGGUGUGGCCUUAUGUUUAUUCCUCGGCUGGGAUUGUGGUGUUUGUCAUCGUGGUGAUAACCAUAUCCAUGCUCUCAUUGCGUGGUUGUAAAGGUGCCUGUCCGGCCAGGAAGUCAAGGAAAGAGGACCAAACAGAGAACCAGUAUAUGGCUAUACCAAUGACCCAGCAAGCAUUCCCACGACCCAACCCACAAUCCCACCACAGAGGAAGCAUCCGAUCCCACCAAUCCCAGGACCGGCUCCAAGCCCAGCCCCAAGCCCAGGCACAAGCUCAGCCCACCCCACCGCCGGACUGUAUCUAUGACAACGCACCUGCCAGGGGCCCACGUCGCACUCAUCCGGCACCCGGCCAAGCUGCAGCCAAUCAGGUAGCUGUCCCGGUGGACACGGACAAUACCUAUAGCAACGGGAAGGAGAAAGAGGAAGAGGGUGAUAUCAUGUACGCAGCGCUAAACCAUCAGGUAAAGCCUGGAGCCGCUGCGCGCCCUGCACAGCCUCGGGUAGAGGGCUCAGAGUACGCAGCCAUACGAGUGUCCUGAGCCCUGAUACCAGGAAGUAAAACUCCUCUUCAGAGGGCCACAGUCCGACUGGUCUUUGUUUCUCCCUGAUUACGAGAAGGGGGUCGCUGCGUCCCAAAAUGGCGACCGGAGUAUGGGCGAGUGGGUGUGUCAAAAGGGAAGUAGUGGGUGUGUGGAAAGGAAUGGGUGUGUGUCAAAUCGUCUGCUAUAGGUUAGACGGUUUUGAUUGAGCUGUAUUUUUUUCUCUUCCGUUUCUUGCCACUCAACCAGACUGUGACACACAACUAGGUGCUAUCAUCAACCAAAAAGGGUUAUUUGUCUGUCCUCAUAAGAGAACCCUUUGAAGAACCCCCUUUGGUUCCAGGUAGAACCCUUCUGGGUUCCAUGAAGAACCCUUUCCACAGAGGGGUCUGCAUGGAAUCCAAAAGAGUUCUACCUAGAACCAAAAAGGGUUCUCCUAUGGGGACAGCCGUAAAACCCUUUUGGAACCCUUUUUUCUAUGAGUGUACCUCACAUUGAGCUCCCAUACUGCGAGAGUUGGGACAUCUGUUUUGAAGCCAGAGGAUGAGUCUGAGUGUUAGAAUUACAUUAAUAAUUGUACAUUUUCCGGUUUAAAACUGAAGAUUGUUUAUUGGGGCGGCAGCUAGCCUUGCGCUGGGUCAGUAACCGAAAGGUUGCUAGAUCAAUUCCCAGAGCUGACAAAGUCAAAAUCGGUUGUUCUGCCCCUGAACAAGGCAGUUAACCCACUGUUCCUAGGCCAUCAUUGUAAAUAAGAAUGCGUUCUUAACUGACUUGCCUAGUUAAAUAAAUAUUAAAUAAAACAUUUGAAGUAUUGAUGAUGGGUGUACUGUUGCUUUAUGGGUUGUACGCAUGUUCCUACUGUGACUGUCACCCUGAUAUAUUACUGUGACUGUCACCCUAAUAUAUUACUGUGACUGUCACUGAUAUUUUACUGUGACUUUCACCCCGAUAUUUUACUGUGACUGUCACCCUGAUAUAUUACUGUGACUGUCACCCUGAUAUAUUACUGUGACUGUCACCCUGAUAUAUUACUGUGACUGUCACUCUGAUUUAUUACUGUGACUGUCACACUGAUAUUUUACUGUGACUGUCACUGAUUUAUUACUGUGACUGUCACACUGAUUUAUUACUGUGGCUGUCACUCUGAUUUAUUACUGUGACUGUCACCCUGAUAUAUUACUGUGACUGUCACCCUGAUAUAUUACUGUGACUGUCACCCUGAUAUAUUACUGUGACUGUCACCCUGAUAUAUUACUGUGACUGUCACCCUGAUAUAUUACUGUGACUGUCACACUGAUUUAUUACUGUGACUGUCACACUGAUAUAUUACUGUGACUGUCACACUGAUAUUUUACUGUGACUGUCACACUGAUAUAUUACUGUGACUGUCACCCUGAUAUAUUACUGUGACUGUCACCCUGAUAUAUUACUGUGACUGUCACCCUGAUAUAUUACUGUGACUGUCACCCUGAUAUAUUACUGUGACUGUCACCCUGAUAUAUUACUGUGACUGUCACCCUGAUUUAUUACUGUGACUGUCACACUGAUAUAUUACUGUGACUGUCACACUGAUAUAUUACUGUGACUGUCACCCUAAUAUAUUACUGUGACUGUCACUGAUAUUUUACUGUGACUGUCACCCUGAUAUUUUACUGUGGCUGUCACUCUGAUUUAUUACUGUGACUGUCACCCUGAUAUAUUACUGUGACUGUCACCCUGAUAUAUUACUGUGACUGUCACACUGAUUUAUUACUGUGACUGUCACACUGAUAUAUUACUGUGACUGUCACACUGAUAUUUUACUGUGACUGUCACACUGAUAUAUUACUGUGACUGUCACCCUGAUAUAUUACUGUGACUGUCACCCUGAUAUAUUACUGUGACUGUCACCCUGAUAUAUUACUGUGACUGUCACACUGAUUUAUUACUGUGACUGUCACACUGAUAUAUUACUGUGACUGUCACACUGAUAUUUUACUGUGACUGUCACACUGAUAUUUUACUGUGACUGUCACACUGAUAUUUUACUGUGACUGUCACACUGAUAUUUUACUGUGACUGUCACUCUGAUUUAUUACUGUGACUGUCACACUGAUAUAUUACUGUGACUGUCACCCCGAUAUUUUACUGUGACUGUCACACUGAUAUUUUACUGUGACUGUCACUCUGAUAUAUUACUGUGACUGUCACUGAUUUAUUACUGUGACUGUCACACUGAUUUAUUACUGUGACUGUCUCACUGAUAUAUUACUGUGACUGUCACUCUGAUAUUGGCUAUUGGUAGCUACUUCCCACACCGUUGCUGGACAGUAGUGCCUGUCAUACGAGAGCGAACGGUACUGGGUCCCGGUGUUCUUGUUUUUCAUGCGUGCCCUCCCCAUUGAGUAGUAGACUGUAUGUACUGUAAUAUCAAGAUGGUUAUCAAUAUUAGUUACUUCUUGUGUAGACUGCUGCCCUCUUUUAAAUAAAAUAAUUUGAGAGAAAACAUUGCCACGUUAGCUGCCGCCUGCAACAUGACCACGAUACCAGUGGCAAUCGGUGCCAUUUAAGAUUCUUAUUAUUUUAACCUUUAUUUAACCUUUAUUUAACUAGGCAAGUCAGUUAAGAACAAAUUCUUAUUUACAAUGAUGGCCUGCACCGGCCAAAACCGGACGACGCUGGGCCUAUUGUGCACCUCCCUAUGGGACUCCCAAUCACCUCCAGUUGUGAUACAGCCUGGAAUUGAACCAGGGUGUCUGUGGUGACGCCUCAAGCACCUUAGACCGCUGCGCCACUCGGGAGCCCCGAUGAGGGAUGAGCAGGGCCUUAUUUCUGUUACAGCUUAUUGCAUGACUCAUUCAUUAAUUCAUUCAUAUUCCAUUCACCCAGUUCAAUGUAACAUCGAUAGUUUUAGGCUACUACAUGAUAGUCAAAUACUCAUCAUGAGGUUUCCUCAACCUAGACUAUGAAUGAAAGCUACACCAUGGUGCUGUUUAGGCUACUGUAGACCAACACUGCAAAACAGUGUGUUUUAAUCAAUUAUUUGGUGACUUGAAUACAUUUAGUCUAGUUUUAUCUAAAAAGGCUUACUUCUUAAUAUUUUGCUAUUUAAAUUUUUAUGAAAUUCACUGAGGAAGAUGUUCCUCCCCUUCCUCCUCUGAGGAGCCUCCACUGCAUGAUACCCAGUAGGAAGGACUUCGGCAGGCAUGUCGAUACAACCCCGGUGCACUGGUCCGGCUUAUCGACUCUUCUUGUAGUCCAAUCAGCCAUGUAAAACGGUAUUCAGUAGCAACAAAUCUGCCCAAUUAGCUAAUAAUCCAUACACCCACUCUCCCAUACUUCGGUCGCCAUAUUGGGCUGCAGAUACCCAUUCUUGGUAUUACAGAAAUAGAUCAGCUGGCUGCAUCGAACUUUGAACUUCCACCAAUGAUAAUGUCAGCUUUAACUAUGGCCUUUUGGGUACAACUUUCUUACAGAGGUUGAUUUUUGAGGCCUACAUGAAAUAUUCCACUGCACUGUAAUUAGGUAGAAACCAGUUGACUGUGAAUGUAACUGUGAUUGAUUGUUUUGUUUAAUGCAGUUUUAUGUGUUUUGCGUGUUUCCUAUUUAAACAAAUAAUCAGAUUUGAUUUACUGUAAUAUAAUUUUCACUGCAAUA